GCCGAGGGCGACGAGCGGGACGAGUUCGACAUCGACGCGGAGGAGGAGGUCGACGUCGAGAGGCCCGAGGCCUACUGCCCGCUCGACCGCAGCUCCUUCGGCGGCGAGGCGGUGGAGAUGCCGCCGCCCGGGGCGCCGGUCGAUCCGGUGCUGCUGCCGCGGGCCGAGGACCCCCUCGAGGGCGCGUGGGGCGACCUCGCGGGCU